AUGCAUGAUUUGAAUGAGGCUCUCGACGACCUUCGUGCAGUGAUCCCCUAUGCUCAUGGUGGUUCUGUGAGGAAAUUGAGCAAGAUUGCAACAUUGCUUCUGGCUAAAAAUCAUAUUAUUAUGCAGGCCAAAGCAAUCGAGGAGUUGAGUGUUCUUGUGUCCCAAUUAAAGAAAAAAACAUCAUCUGAAAGUUCUGAGCCUGCUGAGUGUGUGGAAAAACAGUCAUCAUCAAAAUCAUUGUCAUCUGAGGAAUCAUCGAAUUCUGAUAAUUAUUGA